AUGGAGAUUGUUGAAAGAGAAAGUGAACAAAUAGAAGGACGCGAAUGCACGAAGAUUGACAUCGAUUACUUGUACUUGCCAUUGGCCAAUUCCGUGAAGAGAGAGUUGGAUACCUUGCAUCCUUUAUCUGCAGGAUGCACUAUCCACAGAGUUCCUGAAAGUCUACGUCAAUUAGAUGAAAAGGCAUUCAAACCUCGAAUAGUUUCCAUUGGUCCAAUUCAUCAUGGUAGACAAGAGUUAAAAGCAAUGGAAAAAUACAAAAGAAGGUACUUAGCAGAUUUUCUUCAGCGAACUGAGGUAAGUUUGGUAGAGUUUAUAAAAGUUAUAAAGGAAAAGGAAGAAAUGGUCCGUAAUUGUUAUGCAGAAAGCAUUGAACUUAACAGUGAUGACUUUGUGAAAAUGAUUUUAAUGGAUGGUAUCUUUAUUAUUGAGGUAUUAUUGAGGAAUAUUAUGGAGGAAAUUCCUAUCUCUGAUCGAGUAUUCAGUCAUCCAUAUAUAAUACAUGAUAUAAAUGAUGACAUGUAUUUGCUUGAAAAUCAGCUUCCUUUUUUUAUCCUUGAGGACUUGUUUACGCGAGCCAAUAUUGACAUAUCCUCUGACAAAGAUGACAAUAAACUUUCGAUUCAUGAGAUGACUCAUGAAUUCACUAGAUUUCAUUGGGGUUUUUUAGGUAUAGAGAAUCACUUUGAAAAAAGCAAUUAUUUGAGAGUGAAACAUCUUGUUCAUUUCCUAAGAAUUAGUAUGAAACCUUAUUCCGGGAUAGAAUCUGAGAAGAGACCUAAAAUCCUAACCACACCCAGUGUUACACAGCUAAAUAAAGCUGGAGUAAAGUUUAAGUUGGGAUCAACUUCAAACUUAUUUGCUUUAAAAUUCAAAAAUGGGAUAUUGGAAAUUCCACAACUCAAUAUAUGUAGCCCGAUGGAAUAUAUACUGAAAAAUCUUUUGGCCUUCGAGCAAUGUCAAUGCAAUGAUAAUCUCUUAAGUGACUAUGUUAUACUCAUGAAUUAUCUUGUAAACACUCCCAAAGAUGUAGAAUUACUUGUUCGACAUGAAAUUGUUGAGAAUCCACUAGGGGAUAAUUCACGAGUAUCAACUCUUUUUCAUAAACUUGUGGAACAAACUACUUUCGAUGCGUAUUAUUUCCAUUUUUCUUCUCUUGCUGAAGAUCUGAACAAGUACUGCAAAGCUCCUUGGCACAAGUGGAAGGCAAUCUUGAAACAAGAUUAUUUUAAAACUCCAUGGACUACUGUUUCUGUUAUUGCCGCUAUUGUUCUCCUUGUACUCACUUUAAUACAAACUUUUUGUGAUGUCAUAAAUCUCAUGCAGGCUUCCAGUUGA